CGCCCCCGGGCUGGUACUUCUCGGCGCGGCGAUUCCCCGGGCCGGGCCCCGCCGUCCCGCGUUCCCCGGAGCGCGCGUCUCCGGGGGGGAGGGAGCAGGGCUGGUGGGCGCCCGCGGCGCACAGCGGGACCCACGGGGCCCCGCGACCCGCCGAGCCUGGAGCCGGGCCGGGGCGGGGCAGCCGGCUCCAGCCCGGAGCAAACUUCGCCGCCGGGCGGGGCGUGGCGGGGACCCGGGACCGAGCCGGAGGAGGGGGCGGCCGCGGCCCUUGCCUCUGCGCGCGAGUCGCCGGGCACCAUGCUGUCGGGCUCUCCGGGCCAGACUCCGCCGGCGCCGUUCCCCAGCCCGCCACCGCCCGCCCCGGCCCAGCCGCCGCCGCCGCCGUUCCCCCAGUUCCACGUCAAGUCGGGCCUGCAGAUCCGAAAGAACGCCAUCACCGACGACUACAAGGUCACCAGUCAAGUGCUUGGCCUGGGCAUCAACGGGAAGGUGCUUCGGAUCUUCAACAAGAGAACCCAGCAAAAAUUCGCCCUAAAGAUGCUCCAGGACUGUCCGAAGGCGCGCAGGGAGGUGGAGCUGCACUGGAGGGCCUCACAGUGCCCGCACAUCGUGCACAUCGUGGACGUCUAUGAGAACCUGUACGCGGGGCGGAAGUGCCUGCUGAUCGUCAUGGAGUGUCUUGAUGGUGGAGAGCUCUUUAGUCGAAUCCAGGACCGAGGAGACCAGGCAUUCACAGAAAGAGAAGCGUCAGAGAUCAUGAAGAGCAUCGGCGAGGCCAUCCAGUACCUGCACUCUGUCAACAUUGCUCAUCGGGAUGUCAAGCCCGAGAACCUCUUAUAUACUUCCAAACGGCCCACUGCCAUUCUGAAACUCACUGAUUUUGGCUUUGCCAAGGAAACCACCAGUCACAACUCUUUGACUACUCCGUGUUAUACACCAUACUAUGUGGCUCCGGAGGUACUGGGCCCAGAGAAGUAUGACAAGUCCUGUGACAUGUGGUCCUUGGGUGUCAUCAUGUAUAUUUUGCUGUGUGGGUAUCCCCCCUUCUAUUCCAAUCAUGGCCUUGCCAUCUCUCCGGGCAUGAAGACUCGUAUUCGAAUGGGCCAGUAUGAAUUUCCUAACCCAGAAUGGUCAGAAGUAUCAGAAGAAGUGAAGAUGCUUAUCCGGAAUCUGCUGAAAACAGAGCCCACCCAGAGAAUGACCAUCACAGAAUUCAUGAAUCACCCCUGGAUUAUGCAAUCUACGAAGGUCCCUCAGACUCCAUUGCACACCAGCCGUGUCCUGAAGGAGGAUAAGGAACGAUGGGAGGAUGUCAAGGAGGAGAUGACCAGUGCCUUGGCCACGAUGCGUGUUGACUAUGAGCAGAUCAAGAUAAAGAAGAUAGAAGACGCAUCCAACCCUCUGCUUCUGAAGAGGAGAAAGAAAGCUCGUGCUCUGGAGGAUGCGGCCCUUGCCCACUGAGCCGCUCUGUCUCCCACGCCAUUGGAGGACAAGCAAUAACUCUACAUGAAUAUAUUUUUUAGACAAAGAGACACAAGUUGCCCAAUGCUGCCUCCUGUUCUCUGGGGCUGCGUGGCGCCCAGAAAUGCCUCUGGCUUUAUUCUGCCCUUGGCUCUGGCUUCCCCCAGAUGGGGGCCGGAGGAUGUGUGAGGGGUGAGGUGCUCCUGAGCCCCCGGAGGAUGUGUGAGGGGUGAGGGCUCCUGAGCCCCCGGAGGAUGUGUGAGGGGUGAGGUGCUCCUGAGCCCCCGGAGGAUGUGUGAGGGGUGAGGGCUCCUGAGCCCCCGGAGGAUGUGUGAGGGGUGAGGGCUCCUGAGCCCCCGGAGGAUGUGUGAGGGGUGAGGGCUCCUGAGCCCGUGCUCCAUUUGCAUUUUAUCUGUAAUUUGGUGUAGAGUUUUUAUGGAACCUGUCUUUUUGUCCUUUUCCCCACUCCUCAUUCUUCCCCAGGUCCUUUCCCAACUACAGAGGUUGAGGCUUACCCAAGGGUAUUGUGGAAGUUGUUACAGGGGAUGUCCUUAGGUUGCCCCAUCUGUUCCCCCCUAGCCUCCCACUCUAUGGGGUCCCCACUGGCUUUAGAAUCUGGGGGCUCCAGGGAGAAGGGAAUGGAGUGGCAGUAGGUGCCACUGAAGCCCUUAGAUAUCACCAGUGUGCACAGCAGAGCAGCACACGUAUGUACGUGUGCAUGUGCAUGUGUGUGUAUGCCUGGGUCCGGGCCAGUGACUGGACAUUGGAGGGUCUAGGGAAGGCAGGGCUACAGGGACCCCUGCUUGAACUGAGCCUGCCUAAAUACCUAGGUAGCUUGUCUAGAUCCAGAGCCAGGUAGUCGUGGCUUCUGUGUUAGCUGGGCAGGGGAGGCAGUGAGGCGUAUUUGGGCACUGGCAGCCAUCAGGAAGACUGGGUCCCCUCAGGACCCCUUUCCUUGCUGGUCCCAGGUCCCUGAGGCACUGAUCCACUGAGUAGCCUCUGCUUGUCCUUCUUGCCACGAUUAACCCACUCCUGUUGAGUUCUCUGAAACUUUUAGCCAUUUCUCAAUGGGCUGGUCACUCCCAUGGGUGAGCCUGGGAAGGUUCUAUGCCUGGAAAGGCAGUUGUAUUUCAUGCAUCUCUCCUGAGCUCUGGGGUACCUGCCAAUCUCCCUUUGGCAAGGGCAGGACCACGUGUGGUCUUCCUGGAUUUCCACCACGUGGUCUGGUGGGUGGGGCAGUCUUCACACCAAAGAUGUCUUGACUCUGUCCCUACCCACUAGCCACCUUACCCUCCAACUACUCAACCUGGGUGGGGGCUCCCCAGGAUUGAGGAGGAGCAGGUGGGGGAAGAGUCUUUGUGCCAUGGUCCCCCAUACCCCUCCUGCUGGAGGAGGGGUGUCUCCCUCAGGGGUUGGUGGAGGAGGGGCUUCUGGGCAUCUUGGGCCUGGGGCAGGGCCCAGGUGUCUGCAGCUCCUCCCAUGUCUUUGAUGGUGUGUUCAACACUCAGACUGUUGUAAACUGUUGUUUUGUAUGAGCAGAAUUGUCUUUACUAAACAAAUUUAAUAGUUGGAA